AUGGAGAAUAUGGAACAAGAAUUCAACUGGGAAACCAACUCCUUCCUCCAAAACGAAGACUUCGAAUACGACAGCUGGCCUUUGGAGGAAGCGGUUUCUGGUUCGUAUGAUUCGAGUUCGCCUGAUGGGGCGGCUUCGUCUAAGAAUAUUGUAUCUGAGAGAAACAGAAGACAGAAACUUAACCAGAGACUCUUUGCUCUUCGAUCAGUUGUUCCUAAUAUCACCAAGAUGGAUAAAGCAUCAAUAAUCAAAGAUGCUAUUAGUUACAUACAAGGGUUACAAUAUGAAGAAUCGAAGCUCGAAGCUGAGAUCAGAGAGCUUGAAUCUACACCGAGGAGUAGCUUGAGUUUCAGUAAAGAUUUUGAUCGUGAUUUACUGGUUCCUGUCACGUCCAAGAAGAUGAAACAGCUAGAUUCUGGUUCUUCCCGUUCUCUCAUCGAAGUUAUCGAACUGAAGGUCGCAUCCAUGGGGGAGAGGAUAAUGGUGGUUAAUGUAACAUGUAAUAAGAGGACAGACACAAUGGUGAAACUGUGUCAAGUCUUUGAGUCAUUGAAUCUCAAAAUCCUCACUUCCAAUCUCAACUCUUUCUCUGGCAUGAUCUUCAACACUCUCUUUAUUGAGGCGGAUGAAGAAGAGCAGGAUGUGUUAAGGUUAAAAAUAGAAACAGGAAUAGGAGCUUAUAAUGAAACUCAAAGCCCCACUUGGAGCAUGGACUCUCUUUACUAA